AUGGAGAACCCGACCUCCCUGAACUGGGACGAGGCCUCGGACGGUACUUCGUCUGAUGGCACAUACACAGAUCUCGCUGAUCUUUUAUUGGUUUCCAGGAGCGAAAAUCUGGACUUCGUGUCAUUCUGGUCGUUCGAUACCUUGUGCAAAGUCCUCACAAGGGAUCGAGUCAUGCAGGAACUGCGGAGCUGCAAAAAUAUCUUCAAGAACGAAGACGAACUCGAGUCUUACGUGGAUCGCGUCGGACCGGUCUAUGGAAAGAUUGAAGACAUUCCCAAUAGCGUGAAUCCUUGCAAGCCGUCGUCAGAACCAAAGCGCUGUCUAAAAGUUUUGGCGAUCCUGAUUCUCAUGGAGAAGGUGCGAAGCAUCAAACAAUUCAUCGACGAAGGUAUCCAUGAUGGCGAUCUUCCUCUGGAGUUACGCAGAACCGACGAGUGUUUCCGCCGUUGGAACAUUCUUCAGCUCUACUCAUUCAAUCGAUAUCAAUUCGAGGUCAAUGCCCCCUUUUUCGACUAUCACCCCGGAAAGGACGUGUGCGGUCUUUUUCUGGAGCCGCGUAUGGACGCGUGCGACAAGUUUGUAUAG